AAAACAAAAAAACAAAUACUGGGUUUUGUUAUUCUUCCAUCUCUUUCAAAACAAACAUCACUCAAUCAAAAACAAUCGACACAGAAUUCAAACACAAAAAUUAAAUGAACCAAUUAGUAGAAGAGCACUUUGACAUCCUGACUAAAACUGGUCAGAAAACUGGUUACUCCAAACCCAGGGGAGCGGUUCACAGUGACGGGGAUUACCACCGAGCUGUUCAUGUGUGGAUUUAUGCAGAAAGUACUCGACAGCUUCUUUUACAAAAACGUGCCGAUUGCAAGGAUUCAUGGCCUGGAUUAUGGGAUAUCUCUAGUGCGGGUCAUAUCUCGGCUGGAGAUGCGUCCCUUAUCACUGCUAGGAGAGAACUUCAAGAAGAGCUUGGCCUGACACUCCCAAAGGAUGCCUUUGAAUUGCUAUUUGUUUUCAUGCAACAGAGUGUCACAAAUGACGGUAAUUUCAUCAAUAAUGAAUUCGAUGAUGUUUAUUUGGUGACAACAGUAGCCCCCAUUCCCCAGGAGGCGUUUACUCUUCAGGAAUCUGAAGUUUCUGCUGUUAAAUAUAUCUCUAUUGAGGAUUAUAAACAGGCACUUGCCAAAGAAGAUCCUCAAUAUGUUCCAUACAGUAUAGAUGGACAAUAUGGUCAACUUUUUGACAUAAUUAUCAAAAGGUACCAAUGUAAUGCAGAAGCACGAAGUUUGGAUAUUCAAAAGAUGCUCAACCGUUAUGCUCCUAUUUCACUUAGUGCAGAGCUGACUGGUCUGACUGUGGAGGACAAGGAAGCUAUGAUUUUACUCAUUCGUGCGGCAAGUAUGAUGGAUGAUAUAUUCCAUCAGCAGGUUUGGUGCAGCAAUCCAUCUUUAAGGAAAUGGUUAAAGGAGCAUGCUCAGAUGUCUGAAUUCGACAAGUUAAAAUGGCAUUAUUAUCUGAUAAACAAAAGUCCAUGGUCUUCCCUUGAUGAGAAUGAAGCAUUUUUGACGACUGCCGACUCCGCAAUUAAAUUACUUCCUGAAGCGACAAAGCCAAUUGCAGGGUGGAAAGGUCUUGAAUACAGGGCUGCCUUUCCGUUGCAGAAACCACCUGGCGCCGAUUUCUACCCUCCAGACAUGGAUAAAACGGAAUUUGAAUUGUGGACAAAGGGGCUUUCAGAUGGUGAAAAACAAGAUGCAGCUGGAUUUUUCAGUGUUAUCAGGAGGCAUAGCGACUCUCACUUCAAUAAUACAACGUGUUCUGUACAUGAUCUCUAUAGCAUCCCUUAUUCUCAAGAAUAUUCUGCAUAUCUUACAAAAGCUUCUGAAUUAUUGCAUAAAGCAGCCAAUCUGACUAGUUCACCCAGUUUAAAGAGACUGCUUGACAGCAAGGCUGAUGCUUUCCUCUCAAAUGAUUAUUACGAGUCAGAUAUAGCUUGGAUGGAAUUGGAUUCUAAGGUGGAUGUUACUAUUGGCCCAUACGAGACUUAUGAAGAUGAACUAUUUGGAUAUAAGGCUACGUUUGAGGCGUUUAUUGGAGUGCGAGAUGACAAAGCAACUGCUCAAGUGAAACUAUUCGGGGAUCAAUUGCAGGUUUUGGAGCAAAAUCUUCCAAUGGACAACGUUUAUAAAUCAACAGAAGUGAUGGCUGCACCUAUUCGUGUUGUGCAGCUUGUAUAUAAUUCAGGGGAUGUGAAGGGUCCUCAAACUGUUGCAUUCAACCUUCCAAAUGAUGAGCGAAUAGUCAACGAUCGUGGAACAUCAAUGGUGAUGCUGAAGAAUGUUUCGGAGGCAAAGUUCAAGCUUAUUCUUCAGCCUAUAUCUGAUGUAUGUAUCUGUAAGGAAGAGCGGGAACUGGUUGACUUUGACUCUUUUUUCACUCAUACAAUUUGCCAUGAGUGCUGUCAUGGGAUUGGACCACAUGCUAUAACACUUCCAAAUGGUCAAAAGUCAACAGUGAGAUUGGAACUACAAGAACUCCAUUCGGCUUUGGAAGAAGCUAAAGCUGACAUUGUUGGUCUCUGGGCCCUAAAAUUUCUCAUCGAGAAGGGUUUGCUUCCAAAAAGCCUGGUCAAGUCCAUGUAUGUUUCUUUUCUUGCAGGUUGCUUCCGUUCAGUACGUUUCGGGUUAGAGGAAGCUCAUGGAAAAGGACAAGCACUGCAGUUUAACUGGUUGUUCGACAAAGGGGCCUUUGUUUUACAUCCUGAUGACACAUUCUCUGUUGACUUCGAAAAGAUUGAAGAUGCAGUGGAGAGCUUAAGCAGGGUUAUACUAACAACACAAGCGAAAGGUGACAAAGAUGCAGCACAAGAACUUCUUGCGAAAUACUGUGUGAUGACAAAACCGUUAAAAAUUGCUUUGGAAAAGCUCGAGAAGGUUCAGGUUCCGGUGGAUAUAGCACCCGAGUUUCCAGUUGUUGAGAACCUGCUCAAGGAAGUGUAAUAUGGUUGUUUCUCUUCCCUUUUUUUUUCUUCCUAAUCUUGGAUGAUUUGAUGAUAUCCUUGAUGAAUAAAACAUGUACAAUCAAAUCCUUUGAUUCUAAGAAAAUAAAGUAUUACAUGUA